GAAAAUUAGAAAGGAAUUCUGCAGGCAAAUAGCCUUCGUGUUAGCUUGGACCAGCCUGAAUCUCACUCGCAUCGCAGUUAUUUUCAUGCUGUAGGCCCUCGGGGUAAGAGUGAGUCCUUCAGUUCCCAAACGCGAGACUGCAAAGGACGAAAUGAUGCAGCGGUGAAGCAACGCUUCCGGCUCACGCGCCGUACGGAAGCCUUGGCCGGAGCUAGGCUUGAGCGCCGUACGGAAGUGUGUUUUAGGACCGGAAGCCGCUGGAGAGAGCAAUGGCGGGAUUGACUGUGAGAGACCCUGCAGUGGAUCGUUCUCUACGUUCGGUAUUCGUGGGUAACAUUCCUUAUGAAGCUACUGAAGAGCAAUUGAAGGACAUCUUUUCUGAGGUUGGACCUGUUGUUAGUUUCAGAUUGGUAUAUGAUAGGGAGACAGGAAAACCAAAAGGUUAUGGCUUCUGUGAAUACCAAGACCAAGAGACGGCUCUUAGUGCCAUGCGGAACCUUAAUGGGCGUGAAUUCAGUGGAAGAGCACUUCGAGUUGACAAUGCUGCCAGCGAAAAGAACAAAGAAGAGCUGAAGAGCCUUGGCACUGGUGCCCCUGUCAUUGAGUCACCUUAUGGAGAGACCAUCAGUCCUGAGGAUGCCCCCGAGUCCAUUAGCAAAGCAGUUGCCAGUCUUCCACCAGAGCAGAUGUUUGAGCUGAUGAAACAAAUGAAGCUCUGUGUCCAGAAUAGUCCCCAAGAAGCACGGAACAUGUUGCUUCAGAACCCACAGCUGGCUUAUGCUUUGCUGCAAGCACAGGUAGUGAUGAGAAUUGUGGAUCCAGAGAUUGCCCUGAAAAUUCUGCAUCGCCAGACAAAUAUCCCAACACUGAUUACAGGCAAUCCUCAACCAGUCCAUGGUGCUGGACCUGGCUCGGGAGCCAAUGUGUCAGUGAACCAACAGAAUCCUCAAGCCCCUCAGGCCCAGACUUUGGGUGGAAUGCACGUCAAUGGCGCACCUCCUCUGAUGCAAGCUUCUAUGCAAGGUGGGGUCCCAGCACCAGGGCAGAUUCCAGCUUCUGUAACAGGACCUGGCCCUGGUUCCUUAGCUCCUGGAGGAGGAAUGCAGCCUCAGCUUGGAAUGCCAGGAGGUGGACCAGUGCCCAUAGAACGGGGACAAGGAACCCUACAACACUCGCCCGUGGGACCCGCCGGGCCUGCAUCAAUUGAGCGAGUUCAAGGGCAGAGAACAUGGAUGAUAUGGGCAUCUGUCCGAGGCUGUACUCCCUCCCUACUGGUGUCAGGAGGCUUGGAUGGAAUAGCAGUCUUGCCGAUGCAAGACCCCAGAGCCGCUAUGCAGCGGGGAUCCUUGCCUGCCAAUGUCCCAACUCCUCGAGGUCUGUUAGGAGAUGCUCCGAAUGACCCACGGGGAGGCACUUUACUUUCUGUAACUGGAGAGGUAGAGCCUAGAGGUUACCUGGGACCACCUCAUCAGGGUCCACCCAUGCACCAUGUUCCUGGCCAUGAGGGCCGUGGACCACCCCCACAUGAGAUGAGGGGAGGGCCAUUAGCUGAGCCCAGACCUCUAAUGGCAGAGCCAAGAGGACCCAUGCUAGAUCAAAGGGGUCCUCCCUUGGAUGGCAGAGGUGGAAGAGAUCCCCGAGGAAUAGAUGCACGAGGAAUGGAAGCCAGAGCCAUGGAGGCAAGAGGUUUAGAUGCCAGGGGGAUGGAUGCCCGUGCUAUGGAAGCUCGUGCCAUGGAAGCUCGUGCCAUGGAGGCCCGUGCCAUGGAAGCUCGUGCCAUGGAGGUCCGCGGGAUGGAGGCCAGAGGCAUGGAUACCAGGGGCCCCGUGCCAGGGCCUAGAGGACCUAUACCUAGUGGAAUCCAGGGCCCCAGUCCAAUUAACAUUGGGGCAGUUGGCCCCCAAGGAGCUAGACAGGUCCCAGUUAUGCAGGGAACAGGCAUGCAAGGAGCAAGCAUGCAGGGUGGAAGCCAGCCUGGUGGUUUUAGUCCUGGGCAGAACCAAGUCACACCACAGGAUCAUGAGAAGGCUGCUUUGAUUAUGCAGGUCCUUCAACUGACUGCAGAUCAGAUUGCCAUGCUGCCUCCUGAGCAAAGGCAGAGUAUCCUAAUCUUAAAGGAACAAAUACAGAAAUCCACUGGAGCACCUUGAAAUGUUUUCAAAACUACCUGGCAACAAUUCUGGAAAUUAAUUCUAUAACAUUGUUGAAAUGUUGAAAAAAGGUGACGUCUGCAUCCUAACCCUUGAAUGACUCAAAUUGGUGCCAGGUGGAGGACUCUCAUCAACUUCUCUCAGAAAAAAAUCAGUUCGUUUUGUUGUUUUAGUUUGUAUAUUUUCUGUGACUUGAAAUAAACUUUGAACACAAUUUUAGUACACUGCAAAUUGAUACACGUUUGCUUUUAAAAAGCUGAACUUCAAGAGUGAAACUGUCGAUGUAUUUUCUACCCUUCAGCAUUGUACUUUAAUGUUAUAUUGCCAUUGAAUUGUGUUUGCUGUAGGUUAACCAUUUAUUCUUCAUGAUAAUUUAGAAUUUGUGAGAAGCAGUGUUUUCUGGAACUUGGUCUUUGUUUAGUUUGCUUUCAGCAAGAAUAAUAAGGCUUUGUCCUUAAGAAACUUUUUAGAACAUCUGAGUCUUCCAGGAGAGAAUUGGAUGUGCUUGGCGCCAUAAAAUGGUCAGAAACAUAACAAAACAGCCUACCGCCGCAAUGUGUUUAAUUUAGAAAAGUCCAAAUAUCAAAACUCAUUUUUUGUUGUUAGUAUCAGGUUUGAUCAUACAUAGUUCAGAGUUAAGAAAGAUUGUAUUGGCACUGGUUUAAGUGUGUGUCAGCAACACAAGAAACUGUUGACAUUUUAGUUGUCUGUUCUAAAACUCCUCAGUCUAAGUAGUCAAUUUUAAAAGUUUAAAAAGCCGCUCGUUUUUUUCAUGUUCAAGAUAAAUUUAAAACAACAGAAAUCAAAUACACAAGAUACAUUUGAUCCUAUCCUCCAAAAAUUCACUAACCUACAGUCCUCUACCCUAUAACCAAAUUUAUUCUUGGAACUUAAAACAGAAAGCCCUAAAAGUCUUUACAUUCUUCUCAGUUAUUGUAAGAGGAUCAAAUGUAGAGGACAAGCAAUCAGGUUACCCCUUAGGUCUGCCCUGCCUACUUCCUUGGAGAUAUUUACAAACAUAACUAGUGCUGGUAACUCAUACCUAUGGGUCUCCUUGCCUAGUAUUCUCUAUCAUAGUGGCAUUAAGGAGAAAUGUUUUCUCUCCAUUAUCAGGCUGACCUCAAGAGGUUAAGAGUUGUCUUAAUAAUUAGUAAAGUUCUACUAGAACUACUUUUGAGCCUAUUUAUAUUCUCAGAAUCUCAUCCUCUGGGUUAGGAUUAUGGUCAGGUGACUUAAAAGCCUGACAGGCUUAAGAAUGUAAUAGCAUAUUGCUUAAUGUUAAGCAAAGUAGUGCAAAGAUAAUCAGCUUUAUGAGAGAUAUUAAAAUUGAGCAUUUUUUACUCAGAUAUGUAAACAUUUACAAUGAAAAUUUGCUGGAUAUUGCAUAUUACAACCUAGCAAGAAAAGAUCAAGACAGCUAAGUAGUGUUCUGGGUAUCUUCAUCCCUGAUUCACCUUGGAUGUUAAUUAUGCAUAGAGUUGGUUUUUAUUACCUUUUCUGCCUACUUCCGUGAAUAUUCAGUCCUUGAUGUGUUGAUUUUGACAGCUGUUGUAUCUUGAAAUGUCAAUAUAUUUAGACAUUGAGAUCGAGAAGGAAGCAUUUUUUGUUAUGAGAUCAUAGGUUUCAAAGAGCUCAGAUUG